CUCUGCUACAUAAAAUGUUUCAAUUUUGUAGAUCUUAGAAUCUACUUUUCUAAAACUUUUGGGAAAUUGAUUAUGGUGAAUACACUUUGAUAUAUUUGUUGAACUUGCUAAUCAAGUGUUAUAUAUGUGUACAUAAGGGUGUGUGUACUGAACCCCUUACGCAUCAUCACGAUUCUCUCUAGCUUGCUCUUAUUCUUAUUAGUAAAAACUAGUAUAAAAUAAUACUAACUUUGUUAUUAAGUUUUUUUUCUUUCUUCGUAUGGACACUUUAUUUAAGGAGAUAAACUCUAAAGCUAAUAAAGCUAGGACGAAUGUGGACUAUUUUUAUACAGCUUACAUGAAAGCCACUAACUCGGAUUUGGCAGAUGAAGCAUUCUUAACCGUUACUAAUCCGAUCAUCUCACAUAUGGGGAAUAUCAUCAAUACAACAAAACACAUUGCAUAUUGCUUACAAGUUCUACGAAACACAAAUUCAGGCCUAAAUUUUCUUCGAAAUCUUAAUGCGAUCGAUGAGAUGGCAGUUGAUGUUUGGGAAAAAUCAAAAGUUGCACUGAAUGUAAUGCGGAAAGCAAUUAUUGAUGCAAAAGAGAGAAAAAAAAAAGCAAGAGAAGAAGCAAUAAAAGAAGAUGAAGCGCAAAAACGAGCAAGACAUGAAGAAAGCAAGGAACGAACCAAGAGAGUGCAGUUUACACUACUAUCGUAGUUGAGUUAAUAUGCAUACUAGUAUUUAGCAAAGCAAAGCAUGAUAUAUG